AUCCUAAAAGUUGCGGAAAAUGGGUUCCAUAGAAACACCACCACCGACAGCAGAAGAAAAUGGCCCGACCACCCCAACCUGCAACGGCAACAAUAAGCAACAACAGACUCAUUCCGGCGACGGACUUGAAAUCUCGGCGGCGCCGACGUCUGAGAAGACACCGGAAAAUGAUGUAUCGAAGAAGAGGAAGACGGGGGUGCUCCCACUGGAGGUUGGCACGCGCGUCAUGUGCCGUUGGAGAGACGGGAAGUACCAUCCUGUCAAGGUCAUCGAGCGUCGCAAAAUUGUGUCAUCUGAUCCCAAUGAUUACGAGUACUACGUCCACUAUACAGAAUUCAAUAGGAGACUCGAUGAGUGGGUUAAGCUUGAACAACUCGAUCUUGACUCAGUAGAGACUGAUGUUGAUGAAAAAGUGGAAGAUAAGGCUACAAGUUUGAAAAUGACACGCCACCAGAAACGUAAGAUUGACGAGACACAUGUAGAGGGGCAUGAAGAGCUUGAUGCUGCCAGCUUGCGGGAACACGAAGAAUUUACAAAAGUGAAAAAUAUUGCAACCAUUGAACUUGGAAGAUAUGAGAUUGAGACAUGGUAUUUCUCCCCAUUUCCGCCAGAAUACAAUGACUCCCUGAAGCUGUACUUUUGUGAAUUUUGCCUGAAUUUCAUGAAGCGAAAAGAGCAGCUUCAGAGGCAUAUGAGAAAAUGUGAUCUCAAGCAUCCUCCAGGUGAUGAGAUAUAUCGCUGUGGCACACUAUCAAUGUUUGAGGUUGAUGGUAAGAAGAACAAAGUCUACGGGCAGAAUCUCUGCUAUUUGGCAAAAUUAUUUCUUGAUCACAAGACACUCUAUUAUGAUGUUGAUCUUUUUCUGUUUUACGUUCUCUGUGAAUGUGAUGAUCGAGGAUGCCACAUGGUUGGGUAUUUUUCAAAGGAAAAGCAUUCAGAGGAAUCCUAUAAUUUGGCCUGCAUUCUCACCCUGCCUCCUUACCAAAGAAAAGGCUACGGGAAAUUUCUAAUUGCAUUCUCAUAUGAACUUUCUAAGAAGGAAGGAAAAGUAGGCACACCUGAAAGGCCACUUUCUGACCUCGGAAUGUUGAGCUACAGGGGAUACUGGACCAGGGUUCUUCUAGACAUCCUGAAAAAGCACAAGAGCAACAUCUCAAUCAAGGAGCUUAGUGACAUGACAGCUAUAAAGGCGGAUGAUAUCUUGAGUACACUGCAGAGCCUGGACUUGAUCCAGUACAGGAAAGGGCAGCAUGCCAUCUGUGCGGACCCCAAGGUUCUCGAUCGCCACCUAAAGGCUGCCGGUCGUGGGGGUCUUGAGGUUGAUGUUAGCAAAUUAAUCUGGACCCCAUACAAGGAACAAGGUUGAUGCCAGAUCAGUUACAUUGUCAUGAAUUAUGACUAGAGACUACCCUUGUGACCAUGACCUUAAUAUAAUUGUAAAGAUCUAAACCAUAGGUUGUAUAAGGAUAAGUAACUGAUUUCUGGGCCAAUUUUUUUUUCCCUCUCUGAUGUCAUAGUUUGAAAAUAAUAUUUGAUAUCA